CAUAAUGUGCGCCAAUUUUUCUCAACAGUCAAAUUUGAUUGUUGUUGGGUCAUUCUGCUAUUAUAAAGACUAGCUGGAUGAUGUAGGGGGCAGAUAUGAAUGCCACUAAUUAUCAUGUUUAUCAUUAUGUGAUCAAUAGGUAAGAUAAAGGAUAAGUAAGUAAGUAAAGUAAGUAAUUAUCAUGUACAUAAAGUUGUAUUCUAUUUCAUAGAUAAUCUGUAGUCACUCUGUGCAUCAUGUAUGACUUUGUUUCACCAUACUGUACAUUCUAUAUCACCUUUCAGAUGUUGGGAGGUAUUUCAUCUUUAUAAAGAACAAGGUGAGCUCAGACUGGAAGGACCUGGCUUGGUGUCUGGGGUUUGAGACACCAGACAUAGAAAACAUUGAAGGCAAACGGCGGGAUGACAAGUCUCGCUGUAUGGAACUACUGCAGGAAUGGCACAAGCGGAAGGGAAACGCGGCCACCAUACAGGUGCUGAUGGAGGCUCUACAAGAGGCAGAGCUACAACUUGUUGUGGACAGUCUGAAGGAAAAAUAUCCUGAGUUGAAUGAAAAGCCAAACAGCUUCAAACAGCUGCUGACUGCCAAGCAACCGAUGGAGGGUGCAUGUGGACGUCAGCAAAAAAAUCCAGUACAAACCAUGUCAGACAAACAAUCCAUGGAUAAGCCUACAGCAUUUAAUACAGGACAAGUCAAACAGUCCGUGGUACAGCCUAAAAGGAAAGAUACAAAAGUCAGACCAAUCAGGGUGGGACAACCAUGGGUGAGGAAAGUCAGGUUUGGGAGAUAUGGAUCAGGCAGGGGGAAAUUUAACCGUCCUUUGGGAGUAGCUGUUUCACAAGACAAUGAGGUUUACAUUGCUGAUAAAGGUAACACCAGAAUCCAGGUGUUCACAAUGGAUGGUGUUUAUAUCAGAGAGUUCACAACAACUCUGCCAGGGGAAACUGGGGAAACGUUAGAACCAUGUGAUGUUGCUGUAGAUAGAAAUGACAACUUGUGGGUGGUGUGUGAGAAACAUGUAGUGCAGUAUUCCAGGGAAGGCACCUGUUUGGUCACAAUAGAUCUGCCUCAUGUUGGAUACAUGUGUGGCAUAACUGUAUCUAUGGCAACAGAACAGGUGAUUGUUACAGAGUUUGAUGGGCAGAAUGGUCGACUUCGAGUGUUUAACCAAGAUGGUUCUGAGGUGGGGACAUAUGGGGCAGGUCAUAGGUCACCAGAGCCUUGGUGGCCACGAUAUGUGACUGUGGAUGGGGAGGGGAACAUUCUGGUCACUGAUGGCAAAAAUCACUGUAUCCAUGUCUUGGACAGAGAGGGGAACUUUAAGUUCAAAUUUGGGAGUGAGGGAUCUGAUGAAAGUCAGUUUAAAUAUCCUAGGGGCAUUUGUGUUGAUGGGAAGGGAAACAUCAUUGUGGCUGAUGGUAGAAAUGGUUGUGUGAAAAUGUUUGACAGUCAGGGCAGAUUUCUGUGUUACAUUGGAAGUGGUAUGAAGGUUCCCUGGGCUGUUACUGUGUCACCAGGUGGAGAUGUGGUGGUGACUCAUUGGAAAGAUCACACUGUAUCAGUCUGGACACAGGAUUAGUGCUGUACCAUACAGGGGAAAAUCACACUGCAACACAAGUUGCCAAAUACAAAAUUAAACUGUUACAGUUGUGUUCAUAUCCUGUGUGAGAAGCAUUGAGCAAAAAUGACACACGACAUAAUGAUU